AUGCCCAUGCCAAUCCUACACGACACCUUGAGCUUCGUUCUCCGGCGGAUCAAGAUCGACAACUUCAUCGCCUCGAAGGAGCGGUAUCCGGACCUGAUGACCGAAGAGCAGAUCAUCACGCAAUGCAUUGUGAACGUGGUGGCCGGCGUAGGCACGUCCACCGUCUCGACCAUCAACGUCCUCAAGUACCUCUCCCGCAACAUGGCGGAGACACAGUUGCUCUCCUACCUGGACGGUCUUGUCCGCGAGGGCAUUCCUCUGCGAGGCGCCGACGGGUUCAACCCCAACGGCCGCGUCGUGGGGCCCGAGGGCCUGGUGCUCCCGGGAAAGGUUAAGCUCCCACCCGGGACCGUGGUGGGGAUCAAGCCCAGCGUUGCCUCGAUUCGGGAGCGCACGUUCGGGCCUCGGCCUUACGAACUCGUGCCGGAUCGGUGGUGCAGAGGGGACGACGAGACCGAGGAGGAUUAUGUGGAGCGCAGGGCUCUUAUGGAGAGGGGAGACAUGCUAUGA